CCGCUUCAUGGCGUACCACACUCCUCUGACCAAUUCCCAGGAGUUCACGGCUGCACUGAUCAAGUCCAGAGAACUGGCCCUCAACAUCACCCGGGGCAUGAGGCAAAUACCGGGCACCUCCCCCGACUUCGAGGUCUUCCCGUACACGCUAACCAACGUGUUCUAUGAGCAGUACCUAACCAUCGUACCCGAGGGCCUCUUCAACAUCUCCCUGUGUCUGCUGCCCACGUUCGUGGUGUGCUGUCUCCUGCUGGGCAUGGACAUCCGCUCCGGGCUGCUCAACCUGCUGACCAUCGUCAUGAUCGUGGUGGACACCGUGGGGGUCAUGACCCUGUGGAGCAUCGACUACAACGCCGUGGCGCUCAUCAACUUGGUCACGGUGGGGCGAUCAUCUCGAUUGCAGUACUGCAUUCCAAAUAUAAAAG